CUAAACAGGAAGUUUUCAGAGUUUACGGUGAGGGUGCGUACGCAUUUACAAAAGUUUCAACAAGUGUUUGCGUCUUGUGGACUAUCUGUCAGCACCACACACGACAUGCGGUUAGCGCAGAAGGAGUCGUGAUUUCAUGUAUUCACCUGCUUUUAUUUGUGGGUUUUAAAACACAACCGGACGCUGCAGUCUGAAGAUUAGCAGAGAAGCUAAAUGCUAAGCUAACGUAAUCUCGGUCACGAUCCACGUUCAUCGCAGAGAGUGAGUUUUUUUUUUUUUUAUCUCCAGGGUUUGGCAUACAGUCACGGUUUUUAUCCGCAGUCCCCGGUGUCAGCUUGUCGUGUUGUGCCAUUUUAACAGCGUAACAUGAAGCUAUGGAGGAGCGAAAGCUAAAGAGAAAGAGCCCCAAGUCCACCACCAACACAGCGGCUCCGACUGCUGGAUCUGGCCGGAAAACAGGCAGUUCCUCCGGGGGACGACACGUCGGCUACAGCCAUACCUCCAGCCAGAAGAACAAGAGCAGAAGGGGUCUUAGAGAUAAACUGAGGAAUCAGCAGGCUGGCAAAGCUACUCAGAACCAGGGUCAGACAGCUCCGACCAUCCAACACUCCUUUCUGACUGAUGUUUCAGAUGUACAGGAGAUGGAGAAUGGCCUGCUCAGUCUCCUCAAUGACUUCCACUCAGGGAAACUACAAGCAUUUGGUAAUGAGUGCUCCAUUGGCCAGAUGGAGCAUGUGAGAGAGAUGCAGGAGAAGCUGGCCCGUUUGCACUUUGACCUCUAUGGAGAGGUAGAUGAAAUGCCUGAGGACCAGAGGAAGGUGGCCUGCGACACCAACAUGGACAAAUUACUUACGAAUCUUGAGGAGCUGAGUUCAUCUAUUCAGAAACUAAACCUUGCCGACUCCCAGGACAUCCCGAGGACUGCCAGCAUGUGAAUUUCCUUCCGCUUCCCCACCCCAUCUCACCUGAAUGUUUUAUUUAUUCCACCUAGAGGAGCUGCAAUGAGUAAGGUGGAGCUGAAGUGGGCGUGACGCACUAUAUCUCUUAAGUAUUGUGGCAGAAUUGGCUGCACAUGUAUUCACCAGCGUACCCUGUACAUGCAGGGGGAGGGAUGUAAUGUAAGAUGUCCCAAACAAGUAUGCACUGAAAGCAUUAUGUUACACAGUGAUUCAUUUUGAGUAGAAAUAGCUUUAAUCAAAUGUGAAUAACCAGAUGUUGUCUCAUGUAAAUCAGAGUUAUUUAUAGAGGGCAACAUCAAAUCAUUGAGAUUUGACCUUCAGUACAAUACACAGUGGUUUAUCACUGGUCAUAAGGUUUUAGUCAGCUGACUCCUUUCCAAACAGCUUAGAUUUGCAGUACAUUGCUAACCAAAGUUAUAAAUGCAUAUUUAAGCUCCUUCUUUGCACUUUGUCAUAUCUAUUAUCACAGGUCGAUCAAUGUCUGUAACCUCACAAACUAAAGACUUGGAGCUACAAUGAUCAAAAUAUCAAGGCAGGAGUAGAAUUGUUUCUCAGCUUAAAAAGAUCAGAUUUGAUCUGAGACUACAAUCCUUACGUCUCCUGUGCAUUCAUCAUCUCGCGCAAAGUUACAUUCUGAAUGAGAUCCAUGUUCGUAGUCUCUGUGAGUGAUGUCCUGCUCCAUGUGAGAGGCCUCCAACAUGUCGCUCAGUGUUUAAUCUUUUUGCACGUUUCCAUGCAACAUGCACAUUAUCACUACUGCGUGGGAGAAGGAAAAAGAAUCCAAAAGUUGACAUCACAACCAUGCCUUAACUUUUUAAUUUACUCAUUUUUGCCUUAUUUUUAAUCAAUUUAUAAAGACCAUGUUGAUUUUAGAGUCCAGAUUGUGUUUUUAAAGAUAAUAUAUAAUCAUCUGAUGAUGCUGCUUUGAUUGUAAAUCCUUACUGUAUUUUAUCACUUGUUAUAACUGUGUUGGGUUUUUGGGGGAUGGGGGUAUUUGUAAGUGUUUUUGCUGUUUGGUGAUUUUGUUUUUAUUGAUAUAAUAAAUGUAUUGUCUGAA